CAGAAGCCGGGAGAGAGAGAGAGAGACAGAGCGCGCGCGGAGUAGAGUGUGCGGUGGUGAUGCACGAGCUGCACUCGCAUUACGGACAUUAAAAUUAAAGUCCAGCAGAAUCAUUAUUAUUAUUCACAAGCAGAAACUGGCUCAUAGUCUUUGCAGCUUAGAAAAAGCCGUGAUGUUUCAUUACUGAUGGAUUGAUUCUACACACCUUAAAAAGACAGGAGGCGAAUUCAACCUCAAAUGUCACAACAACUAAAAUCUCUUCAGCCUCUGCCUGACAGAACUGCAUGCAAAGAAAUGACCUGUGUUCAAAGCCAACAUGGAGUCCAGCCUUAUGAGAGCAUGUUCUUCGGCUCAGAGCUUAUGAACCCUGACUUCACCUCCAGGUUGACCAUGGACGUGAGCGAACAGCGGGAGCAGCUCUCCACAUCCUCUCUGCCGAGCAUCACUUCUCUGGUGGGAGGAUACGGGGGAGAAUUCGAUGCCUACUCCUGUCAGCUUGCCACUGCCACUGCCUCAGCCUGCACCAGUGCCACCUCGGGACAGGACUCCUUCAAGCUGGAAGACCUCCAGGUUUAUGGCUGCUACCCUGGCACGUUCACCUUAAGCUACAUGGAUGACGCGGUGUCUACGCCUGGCGGCUCAAACUGCUUCGGCAGCCCCGUCUCGGCUCCUUCACCCUCAACCCCUGGUUUCCAGUCAGCGCCCUCCUGGGACGGAGCUUAUGGGUCGUGCUCCCCCGAUGCAGGCUGCUGGGGUUCAGAGAAGACACCGCUUCCUCAGGCGUCUACCUUUUUCACUUUUGGACCUCUUUCAGGAGAGGACAUGUCUCCUCUGGGGCAGAUGCAACAACAUCAUCUUUCUGAGCAGGAUCCGUUUUCUCGAGGCCUCCAGAACAACUUCAGUCCGCUCAGGAUGGAUCAUAGCAGCAGGGACAGUUCGAUCCUGGUGGACAAUCCGCUGUCUCCCAAAAUCAAGAGUCCAACAGGGAACGAAGGGUGCUGUGCGGUGUGUGGGGACAACGCCUCAUGCCAGCACUAUGGAGUGCGUACCUGUGAGGGAUGCAAGGGAUUCUUUAAGCGUACAGUACAGAAAAAUGCCAAGUACGUAUGCCUCGCUAAUAAAGACUGUCCAGUGGACAAACGGCGGCGGAACAGGUGCCAGUUCUGUCGCUUUCAGAAGUGCCUGGCAGUAGGAAUGGUGAAAGAAGUUGUCAGAACAGACAGCCUAAAGGGCAGAAGAGGUCGUCUGCCUUCUAAGCCGAAAGCCGUCACAGAAUCGGCGCCUGCUGUGCCGUCCGGGAACAUCAUCGCCUCGCUUGUGAAUGCGCACAUGGACUCGAACCCAGCCAUCGCAAAACUGGACUACUCAAAGUAUCAGCAGACAGUGCCUAACGUGUCUGAAAACGAGGAAGCCGAUGACAUCCAGCAGUUUUACGACCUGCUGACCGAGUCCAUGUGCGUGAUCAGAAAGUGGGCCGAAAGCAUCCCAGGAUUCACCUCCUUCUCUAAAGAAGACCAGGACUUGCUCUUCGAAUCGGCCUUCGUCGAGCUCUUCAUAUUACGACUGGCUUAUAGAUCACAGCCGAAGACGGACAAACUGAUCUUCUGCAACGGUGUGGUUCUCCACCGUACGCAGUGUGUGCGAGGAUUUGGCGAGUGGAUCGACUCCAUCAUGGAGUUCUCGCAGAGUUUGCAUCGCCUGAACCUGGACGUGGCGUCGUUCUGCUGUCUCGCCACGCUCGUCAUUAUGGCAGAUCGACACGGCCUGAAGGAACCCAAGCGCGUGGAGGAUUUCCAGAACCAUCUUAUAACAAGCCUCAAAGACCACGUCGCCACGAGCAUCUCCGAAGCGGCACGUCCCAACUACCUGUCGCGACUGCUGGGGAAACUGCCCGAGCUCAGGACGCUGUGCACUCAAGGCUUUCACCGCAUCUUCUACCUUAAACUAGAAGACCUGGUCCCACCCCCUCCGAUCGUGGAGAAGAUCUUCAUGGACACGUUGCCUUUCUGAAUCCGGCCGUUUAAAGACGUGAUUAAAACCUUUGGGAAAAAACAAAGACUCGAACUCGAUGUGAACAAAAGCACAGCAGAGCAGAGAACAGAUUCGGAGGCACUUGUCUAAUCCUGGCAGCUCUGUUUUCUUUUAGACGUACGACUAUGAUCUUCUCAGCAGGAGUCAGCGAACACUUUGCAGCAAAAAAAAAAAAAAGCCUCACCAAGUCUAUGUAUGUUUCCUCAACCCCGUGUUUUAUUUCAGAAGGUUGGAAUCGUGGCUUUUUUUUGUGAUCUUAAACAACACAACUUUGUGCAGCUUGACAAUUGAACAUGUUACAUGGUGUGUGUGUGUGUGUGUGUGUAUAAAAGAAAGUUUUCAUUUGAACAGUAUUAGAACAACUUCAGGACGUUUAACGAUGUGAUGAUACUGCACAACAACAGCAAAAUCCACAGAAUUCAAUGGUGCUUUAAUAACACACCUGUGGAUUAUUAGAAAAAAAGAAAAAGGCCAUGGACCAAAAUUGAUAAUGUUUACAGGGUUGCACAACAUGACUAAAUGAAGCCUUAUAUCGCCAUUACCGUAAAUUCAAGGAGCACCGAAUGAAUGUGAAUUAAAUUUUAAAAAAUUCUUUUAAACUGUUGUUUUAAAAUUUAAUAGUAGAUAUUUAAUAAUUUUAUUUUAAUGUAAAAAAAAAAAUUAAGUCAGAAUUUAAAUGCCAUGUGCUGUGCUGAAAACACAAGACGAGCCUUCUAGACAUUUCUUAAAUACAUGUACACCUGAGGUUUACCCCUUACUCUGAUUAAAACCAGCCUGUAUUUCUUUAGGCAUAAAGAUUCACUGUAUAGAUCCCUAAGUGACGAUAAUGACAAAACAUUUCCAUCUAAACAUUUCUAAAGAUGUCCAGUGAUUUUCUAAAUUUCUUUCUUUUUUUUUUUCUUUUUUUUGCAAGUCAUUUAACUCUGAGUAUUAUCACGGACUGAAGAAUUUGUUUAGUGUGCCAGCCAGACCUUAGCACAUGCAUAUUUGUAUGUACUGUAUGUAUAGAGAUGGCUUGAGAUGCGAUAUAUUUUUGUCUUUAUACUGGCAUAGUGAAAAUGUCUGGGCAUUAUGGUGUUUUUUUAUAUAUGAUAUUUUUGAUAUUCUUAGAUGUUUGCUAUCUUUCAUUACUAAUGUUGUUCGGCACUAUACAUUAAAAUUAUGAAGAAAUCA